AUGAAGGCCUCUCAACUCUACUUGACCCACCUCGCUCUCGCCAGCUGCACAACAGCCAUACAAUACGGCCCAACAACCGGCUCCGGCUACGGCCCCUCAGCACCAGGAACCCCCGACUUCCUAACCCUCAACCACAACCCAAAACUCUCCAAAUCCCAACUUCUGACAUCCGGCUGGGGAAUAGCAACCGAAAUCCCAGGCGGCAAAUCCCCCUCCCAGACUCUCACAUGGCGCAUCAACAUCACCGAAGCCGCAAUCCCAAACGCCUCAAACGCUUCUUCCGGUCCAAUCCCUAAUCCUCGAAUGCUCAAUACAGUCUACGAUCUCUCUUGGCAAGGCGAUGGGAAUCUUCAAGAAACAAUGUCGGAAAUCCAGAAAGAUGCCAAGCCUUCGAGGAGUGAAGAUCUAGAAGCUCCACAACUUUGCGCUACGGUUUUCACGGCGUUUUUCCCGGCGAAUGUUACGAAUGCGUAUACUGCUUCUUCGCAGGAUAGCUGUUCUGGCGCUCUGGGAGAUUGUUUAGGACCUCUCCUUUCCACAACGGGUACUACUGGAGCAAGCGGCUGUCCUAUAGUACGAGAUCCUUCCACUAUUCCCGCUUGCGCGGGGGUUUUUGAAAAUAAUGGGGCGCCUGCUACGCUGGAACUCACGCAGAAUGGGACUGGGAUUGCGAAUUCUUCGUUUCCGUUGUUGUCGGGAAAUGGGUUUUUCUUUCAGUCUAGUGGGGUUUAUGAGGAGGGGAAUCGGACGGUUUGGGAUCAGGAGAGGUUGAGGUUGCAUGUUAUGGUUUUGGAUACGGUUCGGAGUGCUAGGAGGGCUGUGUGUUCGAGGGUUGAUGCGGAGCUUGAGGCGGAGGGGAGGAGUACUGGUGCGGCUGAUGGGAUUGGGGCUGCGGUUGGGGGGUCGAGGGUGAGUUUUUGGGGGGUUGGAGGGGCUUUUUUGGGGGCGUUGGCGCUUUUGUCGUAG